GGAUGUCUAAGGAUUCUCCACACUAACCAUAUUUGGAUUAGUGUUGAAUUUUCCUUUCUCACCCCUCCAUCACUAGUUGAAGUGUCGGCCCCCGAAAUUUUUCUGUUUAUCCUCCCAUUUCAUCUCUCUUUUUAAAAACAUUCAAAUCUCUUCUUCUUUCUCUAUCCAUUCAUUCCUCAAAUAAAUGUAAGUAUCAAUUCCUCAUCCAUUCCAAUUAUCACUACAAUUUUAGACCUUGGAAUUGACUCUUAUCUUUCAGUAUCUUUCUCCCUCAACAUCUUCUUCCCCUCACCGAUAAUGUCUGCCCCAGCAUCCAAGUUCAAGGUAAAUAAACACUUCAUGGAGAACGGUAAAUUCCAGUAUACUAAUCGAUUCUCCAUAGGUCGCUGACCUCAGUCUUGCUGCCUUCGGUCGCAAGGAAAUCGAGCUUGCUGAGAAUGAGAUGCCAGGUUUGAUGGCUACUCGUGAGAAGUAUGCUGCUGAUCAACCUUUGAAGGGCGCCCGUAUUGCUGGAUGUGUAUGUAUUCCCUUGAUUUUCUUUUAAUUGGAGUGGAGACUAAGACUGACUUGUGUAGUUACACAUGACCAUUCAAACCGCUGUCUUGAUCGAGACCCUCACAUUCCUCGGUGCCGAGGUUACCUGGUCAUCAUGUAACAUCUUCUCUACCCAAGACCACGCUGCUGCUGCCAUUGCUGCUGCCGGCGUCCCAGUUUUCGCCUGGAAGGGUGAGACCGAAGAGGAAUACAACUGGUGUUUGGAACAACAACUCGUUGCCUUCAAGGAUGGCAAGAGCUUGAACUUGAUCCUCGACGAUGGUGGAGAUCUUACUCAACUCGUACACAACAAAUACCCAGAGAUGUUGAAGGACUGCUAUGGUGUUUCUGAGGAGACCACCACUGGUGUUCACCACUUGUACAAGAUGCUGAAGAACAAGGGUCUCCUCGUCCCAGCUAUUAACGUCAACGACUCCGUCACCAAGUCAAAAUUCGACAACUUGUACGGAUGCCGUGAAUCUUUGGUCGAUGGUAUCAAGCGUGCCACCGAUGUUAUGAUUGCUGGUAAGGUCGCAGUUGUCGCCGGUUUCGGUGAUGUCGGAAAGGGUUGUGCUAUGGCUCUCCACGGAAUGGGUGCUCGUGUCAUUGUUACCGAGAUUGAUCCUAUCAACGCUCUCCAAGCUGCUGUCUCCGGUUACCAAGUUAUUUCAAUGGAGAAGGCCGCUUCUCUUGGUCAAAUCUUCGUUACCACCACUGGAUGCAGAGACAUCUUGGUCGGUGAGCACUUCGAGGCCAUGCCAAACGAUGCUAUUGUCUGCAGUAAGUACAUUUUUUCUAUAUAUAUUAUUCAAUCGCUAAUCAUAUAAUAGACAUUGGUCACUUCGAUAUCGAAAUUGAUGUUGCUUGGUUGAAGGCAAACGCCGCUAGCGUUCAAAACAUCAAGCCCCAAGUCGACCGAUACCUCAUGAAGAACGGUCGCCACAUCAUCCUCCUUGCUGAGGGUCGUCUCGUUAACUUGGGAUGUGCUACCGGUCACUCUUCCUUCGUCAUGUCAUGCUCCUUCACCAACCAAGUCCUUGCUCAAAUCAUGUUGUUCAAGUCCGAGGAUGAAGCUUUCGGCAAGAAGUACGUUGAGUUCGGUAAGACCCAAAAGCUCGACGUUGGUGUUUACGUUCUACCAAAGAUUUUGGAUGAAACCGUUGCCAAGCUCCACUUGGCACACGUUAACGCCGAAUUGUCCAAAUUGACCCCAGUCCAAGCCGAGUACCUUGGUCUUGAGGUUGAGGGACCAUUCAAGUCCGAAAUCUACCGUUACUAGAUUUUGUUUAUAUGGGUUUUAAUAUUUUUUUUUAAGGCGAGCUGUGGAUAAAUCUUUCAACAUGAGUAAUGAUUUCAAUGAUACCGGGGAAAAGCAUUUUGACCUUCAACGGCAUAUAAAGGGGAUUACAAGGGAAAAGUUUCAACAUAAAGGGUUUAUGGAUGAAUUUUAUAAAGCGGGCGUUACUUGGCUCUUCAACCAUGGUCAAGUAGUGUAGGUCGGCCUUUUGCCUUGACCUUAGAGCAUAUAAAUUUGUGCUUUAGAAUAUGUAUUGCAUGUUCAUAUAUAUUUGGUUUUUAUGUAUUUGUGAUGUUUGAGCGAUUAUGAUG